GGUGUUCUCCCUUCGCUGGAGCUGCGCCUCCACAAAAGCGGUGACAACUGGACAUCGACAAAAGCGAUCACCGCCCACAACCACAAUGCGCCGACUACUUAAACAAGCACCAGGAAAAUGAAUAUCCUCUGCAGGCUCAGAAAACUACUCAAACAUAAAACGCAACAUGGCGCUGGCAACAGAUACAGCUCCGAUGGCACAGCGCUGCGUUCGCGCACAUUUCGAUGAAGAUACCAUUACCGUCUACCAAGCAUAUAAUGCACAGAUCGCCGAAGCAGCAGUCUCCGCCCAGCGUCUUGACGCUUCACCUCUAUAUGCUCCAAAACGUGCGACAUGGAUCAAGCCUAGCUGGAACUGGAUGAUGUACCGCAGUGGUUACGCAUCCAAAGACAAAAAUCAAUCCCACAUUCUCGCUCUCAGAAUGAAACACGAGCACUUCAUCAAGCUCCUUGAACACGCUGUUAUUGCAUCCGCUCCCCAUGCGAAGGGCGAGAGUGUCAUUAUACAAUGGGAUCCCGAACGUGGCCCGAGACUCGAGAAGCUAGACUACAGAAGUAUCCAGAUUGGCAUUCCGGGUGCAGUGAGGGAACAGUGGAUCCGAGAAUGGAUCUCGGAAAUCGAAGAUGUCACUGAGCGUGCAGAGGAGAUGAAGAGAGUCUUGGAUCAGGAAGGAAAUGUCGAUGGCGGGGAAUUGCUCGCGAGAGGUUUGGUGCCGGAGGAGAGGAUCUAUGAGGUUCCGGAGCAUGUACAGGAGAGAAUUGUCAUGAGGCCAGAUUGAAGUUGCAGCGUGGUAGGAAAACAAGUUUCUAUGUGAACGCCUCUUUCUGUGUCAUAUUUGGCACUGCUUAGUCGCCCCAAACUGUUUGCAGAAGGCAGUCGUAUCUCUUAAAGGGCUGGCUGUACACUUUGGGUAGCCCAAGCUAAUGAGCAGAGAUCUGUAUCUGUUUUGAGCAAGCGAUGCUCGAGACGUCUGAGUGAAUGAUAAACG